UCUUCACGAUUUCCUCCAGCGAUCUACCAAGAUAACUGCAAGAAUGUCACAUGGAUCUCCUGAAGUGCCGCUACUCCAAACCUCUGGUUGUAAACUGUCACCCAAUUAGCACGUUUAUAAAUACGAGUAUGCGGAGAAUGUGGUUGAGUUUACGUCCAAUUGGGUCGGGUGUAAGGAGCGAAUAAUUGUAAGUUUACGGAGAUAAACGGACGGAAACAACGGCGCGCGCACCCUUAGAAAAGUUCUACUCUAGCGCUGGCAAAAUGAUGGACUGCGAGCAAGACGCGGAUGAAGGUGUGAGCGAGGGUGAGGCGGAGACGCUGAGCUACCGACAGAGACUGGAGAAACAGGCCAGCGGGGACUUGGUGCUGAUGCAGUGGUCACCCACUAUGGACCUAUUGGCCGCAACAUUCGCGGACAACUCGGUAAUGGUGAAUAGGCUGUCGUGGCAGCGAGUAUGGACCAUCCCAGCAGAGGAGAGCAGGCCCACCUCACUAGCAUGGAGACCUGAUGGGAAAGUGCUGGCUGUGGGAAGGUCAGAUGGAAGGGUGGAUGUGCUGAGUGUGGAAGACGGACACAGGCUACACACUCAUACAUUCACUCACCCAAUAGCCUCUCUACACUGGAUGGUACAAGAAGAAUGCAGGUGAAGACCGCAUUAUUACCGGCAAGUGGGAGUUAGCUAAUGUCAAACAGUACAAUUUUGUAUGAAAUUAGAGUUAGAUUUUAGCUUGCUCCAGCUUGCACAACACUAAAAAACUACGAACAGUUAUUUCCUCCGGCAGUGCUGACUCGGAUCAUGUGCAGUACACAGAUAGAUCUCUCUCAUUUCUUCCUCCUCUUCCCUCUCUCGAAACCAAGUGAGCUCUGCAUCAAUAAGAAUAAUUUUAGUUUCUAGAUCCAUCAAAACAUCAAAAUAUUUUCCCCACUGACUAAGCCUCUGUGACUGAAGUAAUCAUCACUUAGUCUAGAUUAGCUUAGAUCGUUACCAUCCAGAAAUUGUUUCGAUGCUGGAUAACAAUAAUAUGUUACUACAAUGCAGUGAUGAGGUAGAUACUGGAGUCCAGUCGACACAGCAGAGACAAGUAAAACCACUCACAAAGUGAGUUGUUCGGUUUGUUUGAAUUCUCGACAUCUCAAACAUGUUCAGGGAAGUCGACGUUCUUCUUGCUGGAAAUAAGGUAGAUGUUAAUUCAGUCCUUCUUCAAACCUUUUCCUCUCUCCCUCUGUAAUGUAAUAUAAUGAAGUUUUUUUGGUGCUUAUAUAUUAUAUUGUUUGUAUGACGUGUGUAUAAUUAUUUCAUAUUUAGGAAGGGACAGUACACGUGUGUAUUGGCGGGGUGUUUUGUGCUACUGAUGUUGAUAUCAGAGCACCAGCUACAGAGGAGGGCGAGGAGAAUCACGUGAUGAUCACAUGCCUGUCACGUGAUCUGAGACUACUGUCAGCAGUUGUCCUGAACUUUGACCCACACCGACAGAAAUCGGCACUUUACUUGCAAGUUAUGUCGGUGGAUCUGAUCCGUGAGAGGUACUGUGAGCUCCAGCAUCUGUCUCUCCUCUACUCCCACGUCUCCUCUCUCCUCCACUACACCUCUGACACCCUCCGUUGCAUGACGGAGGCCUGGGAGGACGUUCUUCUGACCAUGGACAUAAAGCUUGCCAAAUACUCAACUACUUUGAAAGAAGGAGCCAGUGUGGCAGAUGAGCUGCUUGUUUUACUAGCCUGCGGGAGAGCAAGGUCAGAACUGCGUGACUUUCUGCUGGACGAACUGACAGCCAAGGGGGUGAAGAAGAUCGGACUAUCACUCGAGACGUCAUACACGAGAGUCAGGAAAUAUUCCCUCAAUUGUCUCAGUAGUGUGAUUCAGGCCCUCCAGUUUCAUCUCGGUGAGGUGCUAGGGAUGGCAAGGUGGAAGGAGAGAUUCGGCAAUCUCGGCAUUUCUACCGAUUCCUUACAAGUUUGCAUCAAGUCUUUGGGUACUUUUGCUCUAAAGAAUCAGGAGCUGCAGUCAGUCAUUGAUGAGUCUCUGAAAAGUAUGAAGUCCUUCUUCAUGUGGAUCUACGUCGUUAUUCUGAAGCUGGGUGAGGAGCCCGUGCCAUCAAACAUGAAGCAGCAUCUGAAUGCAGAAGAACUGAAACUGGUCGUCCAUUUCCUUAAAAAGAGACUGGCGAAGUCUGCAGCUGGCAGUUCUCAAAGCUUCAACCUGGAACUGGUCGGGCAGUAUUUGGUGGACGAAGACCUGAAGAUUGUCGAAGAGAAACAGCCAAGCUUCUGGGAGAGAUUACUGCAAGAAGCAGAGCUGGAUUCAAAUGCCAUACCAUGGCUGUUUUCACCAUCUCCUGUGAAAUCUCUGCUGCAGCUACUCAACUCCCUCGUCAGAGAUGUUGCAGCUGCCUUUGCCACUACCAAGGAGACAAUUUGCCAGACGUUUACUCCAAAGCCGUCUGUACCCUUACUCCCAUCAACCACUGGUGACAGUGAAGUUUCAAAGAUAGACUCGAAAAUUGGAGAGUUAGUAUGCGAGGGAAAGAGAUGUGUGUACUACCCAUCUGCCAGAGAUCUCUUCCUGGUUGUCUACGGCGACGAAACCCAGCAGAUGAGGUGCUGCAGAGCUUGUGUGAGGGGCGUUCCAGGACUUGCCGAUCAGGAGAAAAGUGGUACGGAGCCUCUGAAUCUGCUGAGUGUGCAGGUGUACAACGGAGAGACACUGUCCGUGUUGUUGGAGUAUCGCAGCUCCGAGAGGGAUGAUGUAAUGUUCAAUGCGGUGGCCCAGCUCCCGGUCAAACCUGUUUUGAACCUGGCCAACGAGGCUUUCGGAGAGCUGGCAUUGGAGGGCUAUGAAUGUCACGAUGUGGGGAGAUUUCUGACCCAGAUACACAGUCUGGGCCCAUUCCAUGCCGUCAGUAUGGCAGUAUCGGGACCUCGCCGUCUCGCAGCAGUGUUCUCUCGUCGGACUAAAAAGGUGCGCCUAUUUGACGUGGAUGCAGAAGAGGAGGAAGAGGAGGAAGAAGAAGAAGGUUAAAAAGUAAUGAAGCAACGGAACACAGCUGUCAAUUUCAACACACAUUAAUCACGUUUCUAAAAAUAGUUUUCAAGUUGGAGCACUUUCACUGUUCUGCUUGUUGUUGUUGUUAGUGUUUGACGGUAACGAGGGGGUGUGGUUUUGGGUGGAAAGGUCGUCGGGGUCGGCGCCCCAGGGGAGCCCCAGCAUCAGGCCCUGUUCCAGGAUGGAACUGAGACUCUGGUCACGGUUCAGAAUGGCUCCAAACAUGAACUUGUCAGAGUUUUUGAGAGUGGCUUCUAUGGCCAUUCCAUUUCCAGGUAGAACUUGAAAUGGACCUUUUCGAUCUCUGUGAUGUCAGAGAGUGGCAACACCAGCCUGUCGGAAUCCCGACUCCUAAUGGAGAGUCUCUCGAAGCAGAGAAAACUGUACGUGAGGUACAGUCGACCUCCUCUGGAGCCCAUGAGCGGCCGGUCGCGAUCGAUGAGCGUGCACCGUCUCCCGCCCUGCCAGUCUGGGAACGGGACCUCGCUUGUCGGGAGGUCAAACCUGGAACAGAACCCGGCGUCCUCGUCCGAGAGAGGAGACACACCUCCACUCUCUCCUCCACCUCUUACAGAUCCUCCGUCAACUGAUAGCGACGAUCUUUGCCUCAGCAGUGAAGUCUGAGAACAGCAACAGUGCAACCGACACGCUUGGACCAUGAAUAUUGUCCUUCAUUCAGAGGUUCAUGAUAUGUACAUACACAAGUAUUAGCACCGGAUCGAAACAAGUGUCCUUUAUAGAGAGGAUUCCUUUAUUCAGAGGUUCAGUACA